AUGACUUCUCUGCCGAUUCUUCCUUCUGAUCUCUUAAUCGAAAUCCUUUCAUGGCUUCCGGCGAAAUCUCUUGUGAGAUUCAGGCGCGUUUCCAAAUACUGGAAAUCACUCAUCUCUAACACAACUUUCGCAAAACUUCACCUUCAAAGAUCACCCAAACAUACACACACCCUACUUACAUCAAGCAAAAAGGUCUACUUAAACGGUUAUAAAGACUAUUAUAGGGUCCUAACACCAUACAAGGUGCGUCCAUUACUUGAACACCCUUCCUCCAUCCUCAUCAAAGAUGAAUGCCGCCGUUUCAACACGCGUUCUGAUCCAAUUGGCUCUGCCAACGGCCUGGUUUGUAUGAUUAGUGACAAAUAUCGAGAAUUUUGGGUUUUAUUCUGGAACCCUACUUUACGAUUGACGUCCAAAAAUUCACCAAGUUUGAUCAUCCCUGAUGUUCCGCACCUUGGCUUCGGCUAUGAUGAUUCAAAUGACACAUACAAGGUAGUGGCAGUGUUUUGGGAUUCUACCACACAGGAAAUGCAAGGGCGGGUUCAUUGCAUGGGUGAUAAUUGUUGGAGGAAGAUUAUAGUUUGCCCCACUUUUCCAAUUCUACUGGAUUACAAUCAGAUUGGAUCAUUUGUGAGUGGUAAUGUUAACUGGUUAGCAUUGCACAACUCAAAAUUUCAUGAAUAUGAAUGGGAAAAUGUUACCAUCAAUCAGUUAGCUAUUUUUUCACUUGAUCUACAAAAGGAGACAUGCAAGUAUACGUUGUUGCCUGAUGGUUUUAGUGAACUUCCCGAAGAUGAACCAAGGCUUACUGUUUUGAGGGGCUGCCUAUGCUUUUAUUAUGAUUAUAUGAGAACCCAUUUUGUUUUGUGGGAAAUGAGAGAGUUUGGGGUUCAAGAGUCUUGGACUCGGUUGGUGAAUGUUAGCUAUGCGCAUCUUCAAAUUAAGGAGCCUAAUGGAUUGUUGGUACCGGUGUGUCUGUCCGAAAAUGGUGAUGUCCUGAUGCUGGCUAAUAACAAUCAAAAUGAUGUUAUUAAGUAUAAUCAGAGAGAUAAUAGAAUUGAAUAUGUUGAACUUCCUAACACAAUUUUUGAUGCUCAUGAGCAUAUGCAGAGCUUGGUUUUGCCUCGUCCUUGUCCAAAUUAA